AUGCAAUUGUGUUUUCCAAGAUCAAGUUCAGGCAUAGGUGCGGGAACUGCUGUACACUUCGCGAAAUUAGGUGCAAAAGUGGUGGUCAACGGAAGGGAUCCGAAACGAGUCGCUUCUGUAGCCCAAGAGUGUCGAAAUGUGACCACAAAUCCAGUCCUCGAAGUAGUGGUUGAUCUGCAAGACGACAGUCAGACAAAUAAUUUAGUGCAAAAAACUAUUGACACUUUUGGCAAAAUUGACGUAUUAGUCAAUUGUGCGGGUAUUAUAAGCCAGAAAGCUAUACACGAACCCGAUUACCAGGAGCUUUUUGACACAAUUGUGAAAAUUAAUUUGCGAAGUGUUGUUUAUCUCACAUCACUUGUUGUGCCACAUCUGGAGUCCACCAACGGUUGCAUUGUUAACGUGUCCAGUGUUUCAUCGGUAACACCCUGGAAAAGGACGUGGUCGGCCUAUGGUAUGACUAAAUGUGGGUUAGAUAUGUUUACUAAAUGCUUGGCCAUGGAAUUGGGUCCCAAAGGCAUUCGUGUCAACUCUAUUCUACCUGGUAUUGUCUUAACUCCAAUGAUUGGCGGAACAGAUUUUAAUGAAGAUUUAGUGAGAAUGUUUUGUCAAACGGCAUAUCCUAUGGGACGACCCGGUUAUGUGGACGAUAUGGUACGGGCUAUUGAGUUCUUGGCGUCCGAUUCAUCCAGAUCAAGUUCGGGUAUAGGCGCGGGAACUGCUGUACACUUUGCAAAAUUGGGAGCAAAAGUGGUGGUCAACGGAAGGGAUCCGAAAAAAGUCGCGUUCGUAGCCCAAGAAUGCCGUAAAGUAUCUAAAAAUCCAGUCCUCGAAGCGGUGGUUGAUAUCCAAGACGACAAUCAGGCAAAAAGUUUAGUGCAAAAAACUAUCGACACUUUUGGCAAAAUCAAUGUAUUGGUAAACUGUGCCGGAGUGGUGGGCCAGAAAGCAAUAUCCGACCAUGAUUAUAUGGAGCUCUUUGAUUACUUAAUGCCUAUUAAUCUACGAAGUAUUGUAUUUCUCACAUCGCUUGUUGUGCCACAUCUGGAGAUUACCAAAGGAUGUAUUGUCAAUGUGUCGAGUAUUGGAUCGGUAACUCCUUGGAAAAGGAGGUGGACGGCAUAUGGAAUGACAAAAUGUGGGUUAGAUAUGCUCACCAAAUGUCUGGCCAUGGAAUUGGGCCCAAAAGGCAUUCGUGUCAACUCUAUUCAACCGGGUAUUGUGAUAACACCGAUGGUUAACGGGACAGACUAUGACGAGGAAACAGUGAAAAUGUAUUGCGAGUCCGCGUAUCCAUUGGGAAGACCCGGUUAUGUCAAUGAUAUCGUCCGUUCCAUUGAGUUCUUGGCGUCCGAUGAGUCGAGUUUCAUAACCGUUAAAAUGUUUAAAAAUAAACGACUUAUCUAUAAAUUUGGUGAUAGAGUGGCGCUCAUCACAGGUGCGAGCGCUGGUGUGGGCCAAAAGUUUGCUCAAUCUCUGGCCAAAUUGGGCUUCAAAUUGGUUAUCACAGGCAGAGACCCACAGAAACUAAAAGAUGUGGCCCAGAGUUGUCGCCAAUUAUCCAACGAUAAGGUACUGGAAGUGAAGACAGAUUUGUUGAAUGACGAGGAAUUGGCGGAACUGAUGGAGAGGACAAUCAAAGAGUUUGGCCGAUUGGAUGUGUUGGCCAAUUGCGCCCAAAUA